GGCUUCUUACCAGAUUACAGACUUCAGCUACCACAACACGAACUCUAUUACCAUCCAGUUCCUAUUCUCAAAACAUUCCAAGCUGUUUGUGGAAACUGGGCCGACUUAAUCACGUAGCAAUUGCAGUACCUGAUCUGGAGAAAGCUCAGUCCUUGUAUAAAGAUGUGUUAGGAGCACAGGUUAGCGACACUGUUGCUCUUCCUGAACAUGGUGUCUACACUGUUUUUGUGGAGCUGGGAAAUACCAAGCUGGAACUUCUACAUCCUUUAGGAGAAGAGAGUCCCAUUGCAAGCUUUCUGCAAAAAAACAAGAUUGGAGGAAUGCAUCAUAUCUGCAUUGAGGUUGAUGACAUAAAAGUGGCUAUGACAGAACUGAAGAAAAAUAAGAUACGAAUAUUGAGUGAAGAGCCAAAAAUAGGUGCACAUGGCAAACCUGUGAUUUUUCUUCACCCUAAAGAUUGCCAUGGAGUCCUUGUGGAACUUGAGCAAGCUUGAACUGUAAUAUUCAUAAAUAAAACAAUAGAUUAGCCGUGAAGUUACUGAGCUGGUGCUGGGAAUAUUGAUGUGAUAUUUACUCUUUACAAGUUCACUGUAGUUGCCAUGUAUUAAGUAGAGCUUUUGUGUACUGAAAUUGUGCUACAGAUUUAGGGGUUUUUUUUGAUGUUGAUCUGAUUUUCAGAAUUAAUAUUUACAUUUUUUGAAUUCUUUGUGAUUCUAGAGACAAACACAUAAGCCAAGUAGUAAUUUAUGUUCUGUUGCCUCGUGUUUGCAGCACGAUUUUACCUCUAUAACCACAGAAACUGUACAAUUUCUGGGUCAACCCACAUUAUUUUGUUCUACAUUUCAGAGCAGAGACCCACUUCUCAGUGACAACGAUAUAGCUUAGAUAUUCACCUUAGAAAUAAAAGAAAA